AUGGAUGAAAUUUAUGAGAUGUUGGAAAAAGUGGAGGAGUUAGUGAAGGAUAAAGGAUAUGUGCCUCAAAAACAGUAUGCUGUUAAUAGUGCUGACGAGUAUAAAGAACAGAGCUUGUGGUAUCAUAGUGAGAAAAUAGCUUUUGCAUUUGGGUUGCUGGCAGUCCCUGCUGGUGUUCCAAUUAGGAUAAAGAAAAAUUUAAGGACUUGUGGUGAUUGUCAUAUGGUUAUGAAGUUUGCUUCAGAAGUUUUCAAGAGAGAGAUUAUCGUACGGGAUAUCAAUCGGUUUCACCAUUUCAGGAAUGGACGGCAGGGAGCCAGUGACAGUGACCUGCACAAGUUGUUAGAGCAUGCAUUGUGA